AAAAGGCGUGCAUAUAUACAUAGAUCGAGAGCAUGGAAAACGAUACUGUAGCAGUGGCAACUGCGGCGUCUGCAUCGAUAAAAGUGGCGGUGGUAGUGUGCCUGUUGAGAGGUGAUAAGGUGCUCAUAGGAAAGCGCCGCUCCUCUCUCGGCGACUCCACCUUUUCCCUACCCAGUGGCCACCUUGAGUUCGGUGAGAGCUUUGAGGAGUGUGCAGCAAGGGAACUGAAGGAAGAGACUGGUUUAGACAUAUGCAGCAUAGAGUUGCUAACAGUCACCAACAACUUAUUCCUGGACGAAGCCAAGCCAUCGCAGUACGUGGCGGUUUUCAUGAGGGCAGUGCUGGCAGAUCCUAGUCAAGAGCCCCAGAAUAUUGAGCCAGAGUUCUGUGAUGGUUGGGGGUGGUAUGAAUGGGACAAUCUUCCAAAGCCACUGUUCUGGCCUUUUGAGAGAGUGGUGCAGAAUGGAUUUAACCCUUUUCCAAGAUUAAACAGCUGCUAGUUAUAUUCUGCCGAUUCAUCAGCACCAGCAUGCUAGCUGCUUUCCUCGAUCUUUAAGAUUAUCCA